CGGCGAGGGAGCCGCUGGAGAACGGGAGAGGGGCUGCUGCCCGCUUUGCUGUUGUGCUGCUGCUGCUGUCGGGCGGCGCCGGAGCGGCUCCGCUACGCUAUUCCCGAGGAGCUGAGCAGCGGCUCGCUGGUGGGGCCGCUGGCGCGGGACCUGGGGCUGAGUCCGGCCGAGCUGCCGGCGCGUCAGCUGCGGCUCAGCUCGGAAAGGCGCUACUUCGCCGUGAACGGGGAGAACGGGAACCUGUACGUGAGCGAGAGGCUGGACCGGGAGGAGCUGUGCGGCGAGUCGGCGUCCUGUGCCGUCAGCUUCGAGGCGGUGGUGCAGAACCCGCUCAACGUCUUCCAUGUCGAAGUGGCCAUCCACGACGUUAACGACAACGCUCCGCGCUUCAUGCGAGACAGCAUCCAGCUGGAGAUCAACGAGUUCACUCCUCCCGGUGCCCGCUUUGCCGUCGGGGUUGCCGAAGAUCCGGACGUGGGCUCGAACUCGCUGCAGGGCUAUGAGCUGGAGGACAACCAGUACUUUGCGCUGGAGGUGAAGCAAAGCGAGGAAGGCAGCAAGUUCGCGGAGCUGGUGCUGCGCCACGCUCUGGAUCGAGAGCGCGAGCAAAGCCUGCGUCUGGUGCUAACGGCCCUGGACGGCGGCGAUCCUCCCCGGAGCGGCACCGCCCAGCUCCUCAUCAACGUCACCGACGCCAACGACAACGCUCCUGUGUUCGCGCAGGAGCGGUACCGGGUGAGCCUGCGCGAGAACGUGCCGCCGGGCUCCGUGGUGCUGCACAUCUCGGCUACCGAUGGCGAUGAGGGCAGCAACGCCCGCAUCACGUACGGCUUCGGAGAAAUGCCGGCCAAAGUGCUGCAGAAGUUCGCGGUGAACGCCGAGAACGGGACGGUAACGCUGCGGGAGGCGCUGGAUUUCGAGGACACGCGGAGCUACACGGUGCUGGUGGAGGCGCGGGACGGGGGCGGGCUGGUGGCUCACUGCAAGGUGCAGCUGGAGGUGCUGGACGUGAACGACAACGCGCCCGAGGUGACGCUGACGUCCGUGUCGAGCCCAGUGCCCGAGGACGCGCCGCCCGGCACCGUCGUGGCGCUGCUAAAAGUGCGGGACCGAGACUCCGGGGAGAACGGGCGGGUGCGGUGCGAGCUGUCAGGAGAGGCGCCGGUGCAGAUCGUGGCAUCUUCGGGCGGCUCCUACAAAGUGGUGACGGCGGGCGCCUUGGACCGGGAGCGGGCGUCCGAGCACCGGGUGACGGUGAUCGCCACGGACGGGGGCAGCCCGGCGCUGUCGAGCCGCGCGGAUCUGGUGCUGGAGGUGUCGGAC